AUGAUUAUGUUUCCUUUUUGGGGGAAGAUUUCUCUGGGUAUAUUGAUAUUUGUCUUGUUAGAAGGAAACCUUGCAUCAUUAACAGUGCAAACCUACUUAUCUUUAGAAGAGAUCCAAGAUCCAAAGAGUGCAGUAUCUUAUCUACAGUCCAAAGAAUCUACAGACUCUUCUCUACCUGCUAAAAAGAAACAGCUUCUGGACCACAGAGAAGCUGAGCGACAGUGGUUGCUUAGAAGAAGGCGAGCUCUUCUGUUUCCUAAUGGAGUAAAAAUCUGCCCAAAUGAAACUGUUACAGAGGCUGUUGCAAACCAUGUGAAAUAUUUUAAACUCCGAGUGUGCCAGGAAGCUGUCUGGGAAGCUUUCAAGACUUUUUGGGAUCGACUACCUGGGAGAGAGGAAUAUCGUUACUGGAUGAAUUUGUGUGAGGGUGGAAUCACAAGUAUAUUUGAAAUGGGCACAAAUUUUAGCCAGUCUGUGGAACAUAGAAGCUUGAUCAUGAAGAAACGGAUUCACACAAAGGAAAUGGUAGGCAGUUCCUGCCAAGAUGGAGCUUGUGGACGUGAAUUGUCAUCUCCAGUUCCUAUUGGUGACACCUCAACAUUGGGAGGUGCUAUUCUCAGUGUUCCAUAUUCAGGAGUGUCUUCCUAUGAAGGUGCUUCAGAGAGCAGCUUGCAAACCUUGAAGGAAAGUAUUAGCAAUGAAAUUGUGAAUGUCGUAGAAGAGCCCACAAAACCAGCAGCUGAACAGAUUGCAGAAUUCAGUAUCCUCCUUUUGGGGAAGGAUUACAGGGAAGAGCUACAGGAUCCCUCCAGCUCGCACUACAAGCAUCUUGUAGAAGAGUUUAUUUUAGAGGUUGAAAAUGCAUUUACUGGGUUACCAGGCUACAAGGAUAUUCAUGUUCUUGAAUUUAGGUCCCCCAAGGAAAAUGGCAGUGGUGUAGAUGUUUAUUAUGAAGUUACCUUCAAUGGAGAGGCAAUUAGUAAUACCACCUGGGACCUAAUUAGCCUUCAUUCCAACAAAGUAGAAAACCAUGGCCUUGUGGAAUUGGAUGAUAAGCCCACUGCUGUUUAUACAAUCAGUAAUUUCAGAGAUUAUAUUGCUGAGACACUGCACCAGAAUUUUUUGGUAGGGGAUUCCUCCUUGAAUCCAGAUCCUGUUUCUCUUCAGCUUAUCAAUGUUAGAGGAGUUUUGCUUCACCAAAGUGAAGACCUGGUUUGGAACACCCAAAGUACAAAUCUUCAGGCAACAUCACCAUCUAUUUUGGAUAAUACCCUUCAGGCUGAAUGGCCCUCAGCAGAUGAACCCACCACCAGCAAUAUUUCACCACUUGACUUCAGCUCUGAUUCUCCCUCAACCACUGGUAGGGAACUCCGGUCAGAAAGUCCUUUGGGCGAUUUAGUGUCUACACCUAAAUUAGCUUCCUCGAAGGUGGUCCACAGUUCUUCCCCAGAGGUUUUAGAGGUUAGCAGCUUGACUCUUCAUUCUGUCACUCCAGCAGUACUUCAGAAUGGCUUGCUUGUGGCUUCUGAGGAAAGGACAUCUGGAUCUCACUUAUUAGAAAAUGGAUUAGACAAUGUUGAAGAGUCAGAAGAUUUUCUUUUUGCUGACCCAUUGCCUUCAGAUCUUCUUGCUAAAGAAGUAGCUGUACCUUUUGACUUUGACCCCUUGGCCUCUGAAGUCAAAGACCAAUUAGAAGCAAGCCAUUUGUUUCCAGACACAUCCAUAGAAAAAGAGUUCAUAUUUGAGAGUGGUUUGGGUUCUGGGUCUGGACAAAAGAUGGAUCUGAUUUCUUGGACAUGGAGUGAGACUUCAUUUGAGAAGAGCACUGAACCACUGUCUAAGUCAUGGCCUGAAGAUGAGGAUUCACUUUUGCCAACUGAAGGUAUGGAUGAGGCACUUGUCGUAGAUAACAAAAUGGAUUACACAGACCGAAUUAUUGAGCAUUCAAAGUAUAAGAAUGAUGAGAAAUUCACAAACUUUGCAAAGGAAGAGUCCCUUGUUGAACCUACUGUGCCCAUCUUUGCAGUGUCUGCAAUUCAUUCUACUUCUCUAACUUUUUCUAAGCACACCUCAGAGAUUCCCGAUGCUGAUUACCACUCAGUUACCAAAGCACCUUUUCUACUGACAGCUACUUCUGAUAAAACAACAAAUCAAGUGAAUACCUUCCUGACCAAGGAUAUAAAACGAACUAGAGGGUCAUCUAGCCAUGACUUCAGUGACAGUAGGACUUCAGUGGUGAAACCAGAUCUGAAGCCUGUGUGGACCAUAUUCCCAGAAUCACAUAUAGCUUCAGCAAGUACCUCUUCCCUAGGGAAAUUACCUAGAGACUCAUUGGCAAGUACACCACAGAGUACUGAUGGACUCUGGUUGAAAACUUCCACGACACAGUCCAUCAGAUUACCUCCAACCACAAGCUCCACCCUGCUAGAGGAUGAAGUAAUUAUGGGUGUACAGGAUAUUUCAUUAGAACUGGACCGGGUAGGCCCAGCUUACUAUAAGCCUGAGCUAAUCCAAGGGCAGAAUGGAAAGGUUGGUAGUUAUGUGAAAAUGUUUACAAAUUUUCACUCCACAGAGAUGGCUCCUGUGGCUCAGCCCACAAGAGGAGGUGACUUGAGUCAUGCCCAGACUGAAGGAGCUUUAGUAGUUUUCUUCAGCCUCCGAGUGACAAACAUGCUGUUUUCAGAAGAUCUAUUUAAUAAAAACUCUUUGGAAUAUAAAGCACUGGAACAAAGAUUCUUAGAAUUGUUGGUUCCCUAUCUUCAGUCAAAUCUCACAGGGUUCCAGAACUUGGAAAUUCUGAACUUCAGAAAUGGCAGUAUUGUGGUGAAUAGUCGAAUGAAGUUUGCCACGUCCAUCCCUCCUAAUGUCAACAAUGCUGUACACAUGAUUCUAGAAGACUUUUGUACUACUGCCUACCAGACCCUGAACUUGGCUAUUGAUAAAUACUCCCUCGAUGUAGAAUCAGGUGAUGAAGCCAACCCUUGCAAGUUUCAGGCCUGCAAUGAAUUUUCUGAAUGUCUGGUCAACACUUGGAGUGGAGAAGCAAAGUGCAGAUGCUACCCUGGGUACCUGAGUGUGGAUGAAUUACCUUGUCAGAGUCUCUGUGACCUGCAACCUAACUUCUGCUUGAAUGAUGGAAAAUGUGACAUUGUGCCCGGGCAUGGGGCCAUUUGUAGAUGCCGUGUAGGUGAAAACUGGUGGUACCGAGGUGAGCACUGUGAGGAAUUUGUGUCUGAGCCUUUGGUCAUCGGCAUCACCAUAGCCUCUGUGGUUGGACUUCUCCUCAUCUGUUCUGUUGUCAUGUUCUUCCUUGUCAAGACUCUCCAAGCUCAGCAUGUCAGGAGUGAAAGAGGGAGGCCCUUCAGCAGGCAGCCUGACAGCCAUUCUUCCAUGGAAAAUGCUGUAAAAUGCAACCCUGCAUUUGACAGCCACAUUGCUGGAUGUGAGCAAUAUGAGGAUCCCCAUCUUCAGUACCCCUUCUACAGCUCUGCUAGCAAGGAGGUGAUUGGUGGCCUGAGCAGAGAAGAAAUCAGACAGAUGUACGAGAGUAGUGGCCUUUCCAAAGAGGAAAUUCAAGAGAGAAUGAGAAUUUUGGAACUCUAUGUCAGUGAUCCUGAGUUUGCAGCUUUUGUGAGAGAGCAUCCAAUGGAAGAACUUUAACUCAAGUACCUAUUUUGACACUGAGUAGAAGCCUGGAGAAGAUGGAGACCACUUGUAAUCUAUGCCAUAAAAUUAACCUGGAUUUUUUAAA